GCUGCUACAGUAUCAUGCAUGCAGCAUGCUGUAGUACUGUAGAUCGUAACAACCACCACGCAGAUAUUUUCAAAUGUAAGCCGCCGGUACUGGUUGACUUGAACGCAUAUUUUUCUUGCCUGGAUGCAUGCUCAGUUACCCAAUGGAAGCUGCGUUAGCGCCCCCCUAAAUUGACAGUCAUAGCCUUCCAUCCAAUCCAAGGAUACAAGACUCAAACAUCUCCGUCAGUCUCUUCCCGGCUCUUGAGCGCCCGGUGAUGCGGUGCAGAUCCAGGUGUGUCGUAAAGGUUACACAGAAGGACUGAUUUCCUAUUGCAGGGUCUCCUGCUGAUGUUCCACUUGCUGUGGUUCUAAGCACAAGUAGACAGAGCACAAUGCAGAACAUCCCUGUUCACCUUCUGGUUCUGGGUCUGGCUCUAGCGCUCUCCUCCACGGCUGCAUCCCUGUGUGGGGAGGGACCUGGCUUCUAUGGAGGACAGGGGCCGGUGUUUGAGGAGCAACCCGUUGAUACCAUCUACCCCGAAGAGUCUCCUGAGGCCAAGAUCACCAUGAGCUGCCGCGCGCGAGCCAACCCACCUGCCACCUACAAGUGGAGGCUGGACAGCACCGACAUCGACCUGGCCGAGGACAGCCAUUACGUCCUGGUGGGGGGCAACCUGGUCAUCAGCAACCCCAUCAAGAGCAAGCACAUUGGGAAGUACUCCUGCAUGGCCAGCAACCAGUACGGCUCCAUCAUCAGCCGGGAGGCCUUGGUGCAGUUUGGAUAUCUGGAUUUCUUCUCCUCUGAGGAGAGAGAGGCGGUGUACGUGAAGGAGGGCCAGGGGGCCGUGUUGCUCUGCGCCCCCCCACCACACUACCCAGCUGAGCUGUCGUUUCGCUGGAUGCUGAAUGAGUUCCCCAUCUUCAUCCCCCUGGACAAGCGUCGCUUUGUGUCCCAGAGCACUGGGAACCUCUACAUCUCCAAGGUCGAGUCCUCCGACAGUGGCAACUACUCCUGCUUUGUCUCCAGCCCCUCCAUCGCCAAGAGCGUCUUCUCCAAGUUCAUACCCCUCGUCCCGCUGGCCGAACGCUCAACGAGGAAGUACCCCGCGGACAUCAAAGUCAAGUUCCCAGACACCUACGCACUAGUGGGCCAGAACAUUACUCUGGAAUGCUUCGCACUGGGAAACCCCAUUCCUCUGAUUCACUGGUCGAGGAUGGAAGGAGAGCUGCCCCUCGAUGCCAAGAUGAGCAUGGCCGGUGCCCAUCUCCACCUGUACAACGUGCAGUAUGAAGACGAGGGAACAUACGAGUGUCAGGCGGUCAACUCUAAAGGGAAGGACUGGCACAGGGCUCGUGUCUCUGUAGAGGCGUUCCCCGAGUGGGUAGAGAGCAUCAACAGCACGGAGCAGGAGAUCAGGGGAGACUACACCAUGUCCUGCCUGGCCAGCGGCAAGCCCAAACCCCACGUCCGCUGGCUCAAGAACGGAGACCCCUAUGACAAACAUGAACUCAAGUUCAAUGGACUGAUGUUCGAUGACUCUGGGAUGUACCAGUGCAUAGCAGAGAACCGCCAUGGAAUCAUCUACGCCAACGCAGAGAUGCGUGUGAUCACCUGCGCGCCCACAUUUGAACACAGUCCAGUCCGGGGGACCCUGGCAGCCAAGAACGGACGUGUGGUGAUGGAGUGUCGACCCAAGGCUGCUCCCAAGCCCGACUUCUCCUGGAGUAAAGGCACCGAGCUGCUCUCCAACAAUACCAGGAUCUUCCUCUGGGAGGACGGCAGUCUGGAGAUCUUGAAAGCCACCCGCUCGGAUGAGGGCCGCUACACCUGUUUUGCUGAGAAUGACCAGGGGAAGGCCAACAGCACGGGCUCUCUAACGAUCACAGAUGCCACCAAGAUCACCUUGGCGCCAUCCAACGCCGACGUGAAGGUGGGCGAGAGCACCAGCAUGCAGUGUGCCGCGUCGCAUGACACCUUGCUCGACAUCACCUUCAUCUGGUCCCUGGAUGGCCUCGUCAUCGACAUGGACCGGGAGAGCGAGCACUAUGAGCACAACCCGAACGGUAGUUCCAGCGGAGAGCUGCAGAUUAAGAACAGCCAGCUGAAGCAUGCGGGACGGUACACAUGCACCGCCCAAACCCCUGUGGAUAACGUCACCGCAUCAGCUGACCUGGUCGUGAGGGGUCCUCCUGGCUCCCCAGGGGGGGUGCGCGUGUCUGACAUCAAGGACAAGAGCGUGAGGGUGACAUGGAGCCGGGGCACAGACAACCACAGCCCCAUCUCCAAGUACACCAUCCAGUACCGAGACUCCCUCUUCCAGGACUGGAGAGCAGCCACCACAUCCCCUGCAGAUGUGGAGGGAAACUCUGAGGAGGCCACCGUCGUGGAUCUGUUCCCCUGGACAGAGUACGAGUUCAGGGUGAUAGCCACCAACACCUUGGGGAUAGGAGACCCCAGCCCCCAUUCACCCAAGGUCACCACCAAGGAUGCUGUUCCUGUGGUGGCGCCCUCGGACAUUGGAGGGGGCGGGAAGAACAGCAGGGAGCUGAUCAUCACUUGGACGCCGGUGCAGCCGCAAUACUACUACGGUAGCAACUUUGGCUACCUCAUCGCCUUCAAGCCCUUCAAUGAGAAAGUGUGGCGGAAGGUGACGGUAGCGGAGCCCGAGGCCAAGGAAUACGUCCACAGGGACUCGUUCAUCCCACCCUCCACAGAGAUUGAGGUCAAAGUCAAGGCUUUCAACAGCAAAGGAGAGGGGCCCUACAGCCUGACGGCUGUCAUCUACUCUGCCCAGGAUGCUCCGUCCGAAGCCCCCACCAGAGUUGAGGGGAGAGCCUUGUCAGCCACAGACGCCAUUGUUUGGUGGCUCCCCAUAUCACAGCAGGGUGUGGAGGGAUACCAGGUGAAAUACUGGAGGAAGAAGGAGGACAGCGAGACAGCUGAGAAAGUCCAGGUGACCAGCAGGGAGAACCAGACCAGGCUGGAGGAUCUGAAGCCAGACUCCCACUACUUCAUCGAGGUCCUGGCCUUCAACGCCGCUGGAUUUGGGCCUCCCAGCAAACGCUGCCAGAUCCAUACCAAGAAAGCCCCUCCUAGUCGGCCUCCCAAAAUCUUGAGUAAGAAGUUGAAAGGCUCAUCAGUGAACAUAGCCUGGGAGCAUGUGGAACCACUGGCCAAUGAGUCAACAAUAUAUGGUUACAAGGUCCUGUACAGACAGGCGGGCCUCUCUACAGGGACUUUGUACACCACCCUUAAAAAGUUCAUAGACCUCCCACUGUACAAAGAUGGUGACUAUGUGGUCGAGGUCCGCGCUCACACUGAAGGAGGGGACGGGGCAGUUGCACAAGUCCGCAUCGCAGGUGGAGGUGCCGUGGCUGUCCAGGGUCUAAGCCUGGCCUCCCUGCUCUUGGUAGCUCUCAUCUGCUUGGGCCUCUGAAUGUAGCGACAUCUUUAUCUGUCUUCACACCAGUGAAGAAGACUCUGUAAGGUUGGCGCCUAUGAGGAAUACAGCUCUUUCCACAAUCUUUGGUUACAAUCUGCAGCCAAAUGCCAUAUUCCUUUCUCUCCAAGGAAUAUGCUUGUGGAAAGGACAGAAAGCAUAAUUUGGAAAAGGACAAAGACAUCCAGGAUAUUCUUUAUUUAAUUCUGAUAAAAAUAUCUUUGGACGAACAUAAAAAAGAGUUAUUUCAACUUUUUCAAUAUGCCUUAUGUAAACAGUUACACUUAUCCUUUACAACUAUAUGACUUGUUCUUAACUAGUUGACGUACAGUAUAAGUGUCGUCAUUACGUCGAGUAUGUCAAUCACAUACCUAACUGUUUCUGUAGUAUGGCAGAUAUUCUUUGACCCUGAAGAUAUGGCUUCUAAGUAUGUAUUUUCAUACGAUGUGUGGUUACGAUGAGGUUCUGAAUAAUCAACCCUACAACACUGCAUUCCAUAGUAUAAGCUAAGUAGAAUGGUUGCGAAGGAUAAGUGUACAAGUUUAUGAACUUGUGUUUACGUGUUUUUGCAUAACGGUGGCUUUUCCUUGUCUUUUUUCUUUUCAAAAUGAAGCACACACCCUUAACUGUGGAGAUACAGUCAACUAAAGGUUUCUGACAUACUCUCAGUUUUAGUAUUGACCAUUGUAGACUAAAGAGCCAUUUCUGUCCUGCUAAUAUAAUACAUAUGCAAUAAUUUAUAUGGGUUUGCUUUCUAAUAUACUAUUAAUGCUGUAAAAUUUUUGUUAAGAUGAACAUUUAUUUGAUCCCCAGACCUCUCCAACUCAUAACAUGCUCUGUGUUAGAUAAUACAACGGUUUACAAGUGUUUGCAUGUUGACAUGUUGUUAAUUGGAAGAAUAAUUUGAGUGACAAAAAGAGACCAUCCUCUACCAUGAGUGAUGGCUGUGUUUCUAUAGCACCCGUAUCCGUGUUUGUAAAGAUGAAUCUAUCAAUUACUUUGGAAACAAGAAAUGAGCCUGGUAACAUAUCAGACCUGCAGUUUCCGACUGAGAGAAAACGUAAACCAUGUGAUGGUGGUGUGUGUUUGGUUUGCCUGUCAUUCUGGGUACAUUACAUCCAUAGGCUUCAUGGUCGUGUGCUGUGAACAUGGCUUUGCUGCAACGUUCGUCCAAUGCUGUAGGAGUGCUCUGUGCUCAUAACUAAACUGAGAUGUGGAUUAUUCCAACAUCAGCGAUACAGUUUCAUGCAAACAAAUGUGUUUCUUUCGUUUUUUGGACUGUAUGCUUCCGACCCCUGGGACGUGGUGGUGCUUUUCUAAAGAAUGUUGGCAUUUCAUUUAAUCUCAUCAUUUAAUCUUUAAUUUUAUUCAGUGGCUCAGUCUUGAGUAUCACUAUUUACUGUUUAUUAAUCGUGCAAUGUCUGACAUACUUCAAUGGCUAAAGUAUAUUUUUAACACAACCUGCCUAGCUCCUAUAUCAUUAACCUUCAUAUGAUGUAUCAUUAUCCAAAAAGAUCGACAAGCUAUCCAUCCAAUAUCAGUGAACUCAUCCAAAGCUCAUUUGUUUUGUCUUUAUGAACACAAGUUAAAUGUGAUCAGAGAUAUAUAAGCAUUAUUAAUUGGUGUUGUCGUCUUUUUGUUUGUUUGUUUGGGAAUAAUAUAUGUCAUGAUUCGCCACUGGUUGGACAGUUAGAGGUUAAUAAUUCCCCCCAAAGUGGAAGGAAAUGCUGCAUUUUUUGAUUGCUCCACAAAAUCAUUUGUGUGACUGAUGCUCCUACAUAGUGACUAUAUUAACAUCCACCACAAAGUGCUUUUCCCAGUUUCCCCUCAUGCGACAAAUCAUUGAAAGAGUUGCCAAAUGCAUGAAUGCCUUGAACUUUGAUAUUUGAUGGAGACGGUUGCUAUACAUCAUAACAUGCAUGCCAUUGGAAAUGAAUGGUUCGGUUACCACUCCAUUACAUUGCAUUGAGUCAACUCAACUCAAAACAGGCAAACUAGUCAGCUUAUGGACCGCCUAUGUGGUAUCAGACAUCUAUCCAUCUAUCCAUCCUGAGUGACACCCCUUUACGUCAGAAACUGUGUAGGAGGAAAGCCUACAGUAACAUGUCUAAGAGCUGCCUCGUUAAGCGGUUCAUGUCAUGUAUGUAAGUCUAAGGACGGAGCUUGUAGAGAGAAAAGCUAAACAGACUGUGGUUAUCUCACUUAGUGGAGAAAUGAUUGUGAGGUCUCAUGCAUUAAUAUGGUCGGGGUUUGAUGACAUCAGUGGGGUUUGUGCGUCUGUCUGCAGAAACUCGGCACUACUGGUACUGAACAUGAAUCAUACAUGUUGAGAGGGAUGAAACUGGACUCUCUCUCAUUGGCUGGACUUAAAAGGAACAAUAAAAGUGUAGUUAACUAUU